UGCCCAAACGUCACACACAAGCGAAGAGGGAGGUCGAACCCCUGCUUCCACGUGAAAGCAUGGUGCAACACCGCAAGUUGAAGUUUUCUUAGUACACAACAGUCGUAGCUUUCUACGGCCUUGAACCCAAGCCACUUUUUCUUUGGGGCUUCAACGUUGUGGACCAAAGCGUCCUUCCCACUGCAUCAGCUCAACACAAUAUUCUUUGCUGUCUAUCAUCGUCAUCACCAUGAAGUUCUACACUGCUCUCUCCCUGUUUGCUCUUUUGGCUGGCAAUGCCACUGCUUUCUCUGCGGUUGCACCCAAAUCCACUCCUGCAUCCACUGGUCCCAGCACGGAUCCCGUGGACAAGACCAUGAGUGGAAUUGAUGCCGAAGGAUCCUAUGAUCCCACCGAGGGAGACUACGGUGCUUUGCAACGAAACAAUAACGACGAAGUUUGGGUGUCCCAGAGAGCACGCCCUCGUCGCAACCGAAAAUCCCCCGCCAUUCGCAGCAUGGUCCGAGAAAAUAUUGUCACCCCCUCCAACUUUAUUUUGCCUCUGUUCAUCCACGAUGAAGAUUUCAAUCAACCCAUUGACUCCAUGCCUGGAUGUGAACGUCAUUCCCUGGAUAGCAUGUUGCGUGAAGUCGGAGAAUCCUUCGAAUUGGGUGUCAAGACAUUUGUUCUCUUCCCCAAGGUCCCUGAUGAACUCAAGACCAACUAUGGAGAAGAAGCCUACAACCCAGAGGGAAUUGUCCCACGUGCCAUUCGAAUGAUCAAGGAAGCUCAUCCUGAAGCCAUUGUCGUCACGGAUGUUGCCUUGGACCCAUACUCUGAUCAAGGACACGAUGGUGUUGUAGAAAAUGGAAAGAUCUUGAAUGACGUUACCAUCAAUCAGCUUUGCAAGCAAGUCAUCUGCCAGGCACGAGCUGGAGCUGAUAUUGUUGCUCCUAGUGACAUGAUGGACGGCCGUGUCAAAGCUAUCCGUGAUGCUUUGGAUUCCGAGGGUUUCACUGAUGUUUCCAUUCUCUCCUACACUGCGAAAUAUGCCUCUGCUUACUAUGGACCCUUCCGUGAUGCCCUUGACAGCCACCCCGGAUUCGGCGACAAGAAAACGUACCAACAAGAUCCUGCCAAUGGACGUGAAUCGUUGAUUGAGGCUGCUUUGGACUCUGCCGAAGGUGCCGAUAUGCUCAUGGUCAAGCCAGGCAUGCCCUACUUGGAUAUCAUUCGUCGUCUGAAGGAUUACUCUCCCUUGCCCAUUGCCGCCUACCACGUUUCGGGUGAAUACGCCAUGAUCAAGGCUGCCUGUCAAAAUGGAUGGUUGAACGAACGGGAUGUUGUUUUGGAGACACUUACCUGCUUCAAGCGGGCUGGGGCUGAUAUCAUCUUGACAUACUAUGCCAAGCAAGCAGCACAAUGGAUCAAGGAAGAUGGAUUGUAUUAGAUUGAUUUUUGGAAACAUCAUAAUGAAUAGAAAAAGCACAGUCAUACAAUCACACCAAUAAAUGGCCUCGACCACACGGAAGCCAAAGAGUGGUCUAUCAUGAUUCAGAUUCCGUUGCCAAGAUGGGUAAGCUACGGUUUUGUUGUUCAUACUCUCAUGUGUUCCUAUGAUAGAUUAUGCCUCCCUCUAUGUUUGCAUACUGCUGAUCAUUAGCUAUCGUGGAUUCUUUUUGUUACAUGUAGCAAGUUACUGUUUCUUCCAUGCGUCCACAGCUUCUUUGAGUUCAUGGACGAUGGCUUCUUCGGACAUUUCCUUAAUCGUGGUAUCUUCAUCAAUAUCACAUCGUCGAGCCUUGAGUUGGACUUCCCCACUGUCAAGCUUGAUGACUCGUAGUUGUACACCACCCUCCUUGGGAGGUCCCUUCUUCUUUUUUUCUCCAUCCUCCUUCUUGUUUUCUUCUUUCUUGCUCUUGUACCCUGUUUUGGUGGGUUGAAAGACAAUUCUGACUCCAGCUUGUUCGACAACCGUGCCGUCGUCUUCUGCUUCUUCUUCCAGUGUGGAUUUAAUCUUGACGGGUGUCGUGAGGCCCAUUCCCUUGCGAUCGUCUUCGAAUUUUUGCGCCCAUGUGGAUAUGAAUGUGGCCAAACUUUCGAAUUUGACAUCAGCAUUGGCACUGGUGGCUAGCUUGGGAUAAAACGCCAGUUCCUUGUCUUUGGAUUGGGAAUCAUCAUUCCCACCGCCGAAAAAGAAGUAGAGGCGGGUGUUGCUGCUACUAUUAAUAGUAGUAGUGCUGUGGGGUAAUGAUAACGAGGUUGGCUCGGAUACUCGACUGUAUGUCAAUGGCGGUGACACCACAAAGGCAAAGCUGCUGCCAACAAAACAUGCCAGUAGGAGUAAGAUAUUGACGUUCGCUCUUGUCCAAGAUGUCAUUGUUUCUUUCUGCAGUGUCCUUGUUGUUGUCAUCUCUUCUUGUGUGUAUCGUGUCGGUCUCGUGGGACGUUGGUAGUAGAAAGUGGGUAGUAGUGAUGUUUGGCUGUUUGCUUUGUCUUUAUUAGUUCAGGUUGUCUUAGAUUGUGAGCUGAUUGAUUACGCUACCGGUAUCUAUUUUGACUCUAUUUUGCUCUUUGGGGGCCAAACCUUCACUUCCUUCCUUGUAGAUCAGGGGCGUUCAGUGGGAUUCCCUUGCCUCGGCUGAUGGUUUCUGUGAUUGAAUGAUCACACUUCUGCUAUUGGCUUGGUAAGAGGGAUUCCUUGCCUCGGCUGAU